AGUCUAUGGGCUUUGCUUAGCACCGAGGGAACGGGCCCGAACUUCCGGGCCACCAAGCCGGGGUCACUCCGACGCGACGACCCUAAUCCGCUCCAGCAUUCCAAAUCUCCACGACGACCCUCGCCGCCGGCGACUCAUCCGGCAAGGAAUCCUCUCAAAUCCCGCCAGCACCGGCCCGAGCGCAGCACGGGUUCGCCAUGGUAAAGAACUUCCGCAAGCGAAGCCUCGAGUCGGACGCCGCCGACAACUCCGACGACGAGGACACCCGCCGCGUUGCUCUGGAGGAGAUCAGGUACAUGCAGAAGCUCCGGGAGAGGAAGCUGGGCAUCCCCGCGGCGUCCGUAGCCACCGGCGCCGCUUCCGCCGCCGGCGCCACCGACGGGUCCUCCGCUCGGGGCCGAGGUGGCAGCGGGGCGGGGGCAGCCGGCGAGGAGGACCUCGUGCUGCAGGAUACCUUUGCCCAGGAGACCGCUGUUACCAUCGAAGACCCCAACAUGCUGAGGUAUGUGGAGAACGAGCUGUUGAAGAAGAGGGGCAAGGCGAUCGAGGUGAACGACAAGGACGAUAAGGACCAGGUGGACGAGCUCUAUGUUGUGCCGGACCACCUCAAGGUGAGGAAGAAGAACAUGGAGGAGAGCUCAACCCAGUGGACCACCGGCAUCGCUGAAGUUCAGCUGCCCAUCGAGUACAAAUUGAGAAACAUUGAAGAAACCGAAGCAGCUAAAAAAAUGCUGCAAGAGAGGAGGCUUGCGGGUAAAACAAAAUCAGAUGCAAACAUUCCAUCAAGUUACAGUGCUGAUUUUUUCCAUCGUGGGAGAGAUUAUGCUGAAAAAUUGCGAAGAGAACAUCCUGAGCUGUACAAAGGUCAAGAUUCACAAGCUAAUGAAACUGGAGGCAAACCAACAGAUAGUAACAAUCCAGGUGGUCCACCUGCAGCGCAUAGAGAAGCUGCUACCGAUGAAUUGUUGCUUGAGCGUUUCCGCAAGCGAGAAAAAUUCCGUGUCAUGCGAAGAUAGUAAUAGCUGGCCGGGUAGGCUGCUGGCUUGGUGCCGUUGCCCUUUAAGCAGAAAACAUGUACUCGGCAAAUGAAUUUUGCGUAUGUCGUCGGAAGGGCUGGACAGUAAGUGGCAAUACACGAUAGUCCUCCAUAUAUGUGUUGGGUUAUUCAGUGAAAACCCAUCACGCUCCCUUGGUUGGUUACUCUGCUUCUGCAGCUCCUGUGACAGAGGAACUAUGAAGCUGAUUUGAGUGGGUCUGUUACCUUCAGUGUGUUGCAUCAAUCUGGAGGCUUCAUACAGUUCGAGGACUUCACGGUGGAUGUCAAAUUGAAGGAGUCACUCUUAUUUUAGGGAUUUGUGACUCUCGCAAAUUGUUCAACUGCAUGUUCAUCUCCCUGGAAGAAACUCUGUUCUCAGUUGUACUCUUCUGCUAUACUAUGCAUGAACGGCAUCUUGAGCCAAGGGGUGGUCACAGGUCUAGUGCAUUUUCUUGUGUUUACUUUAACCUAAGUGCAUUUAGCGUGGAAUAUUCCUUCAUCAAUCUAGCCUGCAAGUGCAAUUUACUUGUGCGAA